AUGCCGUCGCUGACACGCUUCCGCCGCACCAGGUGGGAUAGCUCGGACCCAGAGCGCGCUCCGCCGCCUCUGCCACUAAACCCUGGAUCGCCUGUUCUCACCACACGCCAAGGCACCUCGUCCGCGAUCGCGCAGGCAGCCAAGGCGUUGGAAGAGAAGGCGCGAGAGAGCAUGUCCAUGAGCUCAUACACUACUAACCCGAUGCCACAGAGGUCUCCUGAGCGAUCACUCAUCAAAGGUGCCCACCACAAGCGCAUGCAAUCGUUCCAGAACCCAGCUGUCAAGGAUCUACGGAGCUACUUGGACUCGCACAAGUCGCCCGAAAAAUCCCCAGAACGACCCGCCACUAGAUCCGGAACACCCCCACGAGAUUCAAGCAAGGACUACUUCGGCGGUGACCUUAGUCCCUCACGCCUAGGGACUCCGACCCCCUCGGGCCGCGAGACCCCUUCACUGCGACCGUCGGCGCGAUCUACACACAAGGCGAUUUUGGGAGAGAACACGCCACCCUCUGCGACAAUGAUGGCUCUACAAACCAUGAACGUGCCGCCUCACAUCCUGGACCCGCCUCCGCCGCUCAAUAUCGACAAGAAUCCGUCCAAGACGCCGCAAUCCGCGUCACAAACCUCGGACGCCAUCUCGAGCCAGCUACACAGCAUCGCAAGUAUCGUGUCAAACUUGCAGAAGGACAUGACGCAACUGAGUCGGCGAAGCAAGGACAACGCGACCGAUCUCAUCAGUCUCAAGGAAGCCACCAAUUCGCGAGAUGAGGAUAUUCGGAAAUCAUUGAAGGACCUCGUCGCGACGAUGAACCAUUCGCGAGACGUUUCGAGUCCAACAGCCGAGCUCUCUCAUUCACAGAGCAGCAUGAGCCUCAAGGAUCCUCACAUGACGCCCACCAAGCAAUUUACCCUUCCCAGGAUAGCAUCUCCGAGCAGCUUCUUCUUGGACGACCGAACCGGAAGCCCCAAUCCGUACUCCGUCGAGGGUGCAGCUAGCGUUGCUAUGCUGGAAAAGAUCAUCCGAGAGAUGGUUACAAAGGACGGGCAGGAACGACUGAUCAACAAUCUGCAAAAGAUUGUUGACAAUGCAAAUGGUGAGACGGCAAAGAAGGUUACAGAGCUAGUGGAGUUCGUGAAGCAGAGCUCGGGCACCAAUUCUCUCGUUCGCACCACUUCAGCACCUUUCCAGGCUUCACCUGGCCCGUUGACGCGUGCAACGUCAGAGGGUUUGUCGUUGCACCAAGUUGCGGAGGGCGGGAAGCCAUAUGCCAGCCCUAAAGCAGCCGACUUCGUCAGCGAGGAGAUGCUCAAAUUUCUGCGUAAGAUCAAGGACAGCGUUGCCGAAUCGGGCUGUGUCACGAUGGGCACGAAGACUCUGAUCCAGGAAUUGAGGGGCGAGGUGCUCGGUAUGGGCCGGGAACUUGCUCGCAAAAUCGAGGAAGCUGAGCAGGCGAAGGCGGAGCAGCCCAUGCUCGAAGCAGGCCAAGCGAACGACCGGGAGCAAGUCAGUGUCAUUGUCCAGGAAGGUCUCGCAGACCUCAAAGAGCACAUGGACAAGGUGAUGCGCGAGCGACGUCGACAAUCUAUUUCCUCCACCAUGACUCGGACUACUGUGGACAACAACGAAAUCUACGAUGUGGUCAAACAUGCUUUGGCGGAAUGCCCGCCGCAGGCCGCAAGCUUAGGUCAAGAGGCCAUCCUCUCCGCAAUCCGUGAGGCGUUCGAGGCCUAUAAGCCGAACAUCGACGUCGAAACCAUUGGGCUGGAGCGCGACGAAGUGUUGGAAUGCCUGCGCGAAGGACUCCAGGAUUAUCGUGGAUCCGGUGCGACGAAAGAGGAGAUCGAACAGAUCGUCCAGGAAUCUCUUCAACAUACGAAACUUCCCCCACCGAUCAACGAAGCGCACGAGAUUCGAGAAGAGGUGAUCAUGGCUGUGCGCGAGUGCUUGGAAGAGCUCAAGCCGGCUCAAGAGCUUGAGAUUCCCCAAGAGAGCCUGUACGGCGCCGUAAAGGCCGCUCUUGAAUCGUCUGGGGCUAUGUCGUUGGGCACCGACGAAGCUGUCAUGCAACGAUUGCAGUCUCUUAUUGACGACAUGCACUCCGAAUUCCAAGCAUAUUCUUCGGCAGGCGGGCGAGACACGGAACAGGUCCUGGACGCGCUCCGAGACGGACUGGAUCACUUGCGUACCCAGCUGGAGAGCUACAUCGACAACACCACGCAGACCAAUCAGAAGGACGAGACGGUCGAGUACCUCCGCUCUCAACUCGAGGGUCUGCGAGGGGACUUCCAGGGUUUCAUGGAGCAAGCCCCACGUGCAGAGGAACCAUCAGCUCGAGCGGAAAUAGCAUCCCUCAUCAAGUCUGAAUUCGAGCACCUACUUGAACAACUUACUGAGCGUUCCAGUGCCACCGAAGUGCACAAGGACGAAAUUCUUGAGGCCCUGCACGCCGGGUUUGAAGGGAUGAAAUCGCAGGUUGCGGUACGAGGCCUUGAUCUGGACACGGAUGAAGAGAUCAACGAAGCCAUGAAGCAAGAGUUCGAGCAGUUGAAGGAUGUUAUCCUCGGUGAAUCCUCAAUCUAUAAAGACGAGAUCCUGGAGAAGGUCCAGGCCGGUUUUGCCGACAUGCAGGCUCGAUUAGAUCAAGGCCCCACAGCAGCGGGCACCAAUGACGAUGUGAUCACGACGAUGAAAGAAGAAUUCGAGCAUCUGCGGGAAACCCUCGGAGCCAGCCUCGUCAAAUCAGGCGCUGCGGCCGACAAGGAUGAUAUUAUCGAUGCCAUUCGCGAACUGAUGGACGGCCUUCGCUCAUCCCAGCAAGAUGCCUCCAAGGAAAGCAUUGCCGCUAUCCAAGGAGACCUUGAGAAUCUGAAAGAGUCACUGGGUAGCGCAUUAGUGCGUGCUGAAGAUCCUGCCGACAGGGAGGAGCUUUUGGAAGCGCUCAAAGCUGGUCUUGAGGAGAUCAAGGCGAGCUCGAAAGCGACUGGCUUCAGCGAGGAGCUCUUGGAGGCCUUCCGUGGCGAGCUUGAACAAGUCCGGGAAUCCAAUGGACUGACUCGCCAACAUGCUCGUGCCGAUGCCGAAGAGGUCUUGGAAGCUGUACGCCUUGGUCUCGAUGACCUCCGCUCACACCUUGACAAGAAGCUUGAUAACCCCGACCGACAACAGUCCGCCACAAGCGACGUCCUGGAUGCACUGAAUGAAGGACUUGACGGGCUUCGAUCUGAUAUCAUCAAGGCAGUUGACAAGCCAGUGGACAUGACGGUUACAUACGAGAUCCUCGACACGUUGAAGAGUGGUCUCGCGGGCUUGCGUGAAGAUAUUGACAAAAUGAAGGGCAUCAACACUACACGCGACAUAGAGGAAGAGUCUACACCCACUGGCAACGAGAUUGUGCUUGCCGAGGAUCCAGCGCAGGCACCGGCGCACGCCUCGGCUGAAUCUACCAGCCGAGAGAUUGUCAGUGAAUCCCUACACCGCGGCGACAUUGAGCGAAUGGAGGUCAUGCUAUCACAACUCCAGGUCAAGGUAGAUGCCAUGGAUGCCAACAUCCAAGCGCCACCAGCAGCAGGAGAGUCUACGCCAGCGCCUGGAACAGCUAUGAAAGACGAUCUUGUCGGUGUUGAGGAAUUGCUGAAAGAAGUUCAAGCCGCUGUGUUGGUACUGCAGGAGCGAGAACAGUCUGCUCCUGUGGUGGAAGGUGUUGCAAUGAAAGACGACACCGACGCUAUCGAGGUCCUUCUUGGUAACAUGAAAGCGAAGAUCGAAGAGCUUGCGUUACCCGAUCCAGCAUCCAUGGUUACGAAGGAGAAUCUUGACGAUGUUGAACUGAUUGUUCGCACUACCUCAGAGGCCAUCGAAGCACUGGCUAAGAAGUUCGAAGAAGAGGGCGCAUCCAAGGCCGACGUUACCGUAGUCCAGGUCAUCGCCGACGACAUCAAGGUAGUCUUGGAUGAAAUGAAGGCUGGCAAGGCGGAUGACGAAGAAGACCCCAAGGCAACAAAGGCCGAUGUCGACGCAGUUACCUUGCUCGUGGACGAAGUAAAGCUCAAACUCGACGACAUGAAAAUUCCCAAUCCGGAGGAUCUACCGACAAAGGCCGACGUGGAGCAGCUGACCGGUCUCUUCCAGGACUUCCGCGACAGCUACGACAAGAUGAAAGACCAGUAUGAGCACGAUAUCGAAGUCACAGCCAAGACCGCAGACGAUCGCAAGCAGGAGGCCGCAAGCCUUUUAGAGAACCUUACUGAUGUGAAGGUCCUUCUCGAUGACAUGAAGGAUGAAAUGAAGAAGAGUCUGGAAGAGGGCGGCCCUCUUGAUGGUCUCAAGGAGUCUUUCAAGAGCCUGGAAGACAAUGUCACCAGCAACUUCAAUGUCACCACCGAUGUCAAGGAGCUGAUGGAGACCGUGGCUCGUGAAUUCGAGCGUGCCCACGGUUCGAUUGAAGCUUUGCAGAACGACCAAGCUGAAAAAUCUACAUUGAACCUCGAGAAGCACGAUGAGGCCAAGGAAGCAAUCAUCGCUGGCAUGGUAGAGAAGAUUGAUAGUCGGUUCGACAUCCUCAUGGCCAAGUACGACGAUGCUCAGCUUCUCGCCGACGAACAAGCCAAGGUGAUGAAAGAGAAAGCCGAGGAGCAAGAAAAGAUUCUCGAGAGUACCAAGACGAUGGCCGAAGAAUUGCGACUCACCAUCGACACUCUCGGUGCGUCUAUCACCGGCAUGAACGAUCGAUUUGAAGAAGCCACCACCAAGUGGUCCACCGACUCUACUGCGAUGACCGGAAAGCUUGAUGAGUACAUGGCCAAGUUCGAAGACCAGAGGAUGGACGACAAAACGGAACACUCGCACACCCGCGACGAGCUCAAGAACAUCGAGAACAUCUUCAACGGUCUCCAAGACAACGUGACUGAGUAUCAUCCCAAGUUCAUGGUUGCUCUUCGCGAGAUCGAGGCUUUGGUAAAAGCUCACUACGAGCAUGCACAGAAAGCCAAGGAAGAACACGAGGAGCACACCCGUAACUUGAACGAGGAGGCACGUACGCGCUCCGAAGAGCUGCAGAAGCAUUUCGCAAGCCUGCCAGCACUCCUUCCACCGCCUCCUCCCGCCAUCGAACUGCCUGAGAAGUAUGACGAUGCCCCUGUACGAGAGAAGCUUGACAAGCUUCUUGCGUUACCGGAGCCUCCAAAGUACGACGACGCUCCCGUACAGGAGAAGCUCGAUAAGCUCCUCGAACAAGUCGACGAAGCAUCAAAGUCCACCACUCAUCUGGAACGCCUUGACGACAUCCACGCUCAAGUCAAGAUCACUGCCGCCGAAGUGAGUGAAUUUGUCGCAAAGCAGACCCAGCUUAUCACCGACGGCAACGAAUCAAAAGAGCGUGAGGCGGAGGAGCUGGCCCUUGUUGUCGAGCGCAGAACUACACAAAAAGAGUUGCUGGAGGCCGACAUUGAAGGCCUGAGAGCGGAGAAAGAACGCAUGAUGCAAGAACUCAAGGAAGAGAAAGAACGCGCCAUGGCGGAAUUGAAGGAAGAGAAGGAUCGCACGAUGCUGGAGCUAAAAGAAGAGAAAGACUCGCUCUUGGCUGUUGUCGCAUCCCUUCAAGCCGAACGCGAGAACUUGGCCAAUCAAAGAGUUCGCCUGACCGGAGAAGUGUCUUCGCUGCACACCGCGCUUGAGAUCCGACGCGAAGAGCUGCAUAUGAUGGAUGCCAAAGCAGAUGCUCUCGAACGCCGUAUUCUAAACGGCAUCAUGGACCACUCACGUGCCCUCAUGAUUGCAAAGAACGGGCAAAAGAGCCCAACCAAACACAAGAAGCGCAUCAGUACAGACUCUACAGGCGAUGCAAGCAAACUGAUGCCGCCUCCAAGCACUGCUGCAAAUGGCCUUUCGUUCGCUCUGAAGCCUCGACCCGCGAUUCGUCGAAAUGGCCCACCCCAGAAUCCGGCAACUCGUCGCAUACACUCUUUGAGCCAGAUCAGUGGCAACACGCCAACGGGCGCCCAAGCCUAUCCCCUCAGCGUGCCUACGAUCAACAACGCUGGAGGGCUCAAACGAGCUCACUCGGUCAAGACUAGUUCUCUGCGCAAGGGCUCUUGGGGAGGUCGGUCCAGCGCUGUGGUCGCGAACAAAGAGAACGAAAUCUUGAGCGAAGAAGACGAAGACGCUGCAAUCCAGCCAGGCCAAACUCAUUCAAUCAUCGAAGAGGACCACGACGAGAUCCAAAGUCAAACUGGUACUGAGCGUCGCCACAGCUUUGGAACCGGCUCCUACGCUGAAAGCUACGCGGAAGGCGAGACCCCGGGAUACGAUGGACGUUCGGAGUUUGGAGGGGCAGGAAGCGAGUACACUUACGCAUCUGGGUCUUAUAUGAGUGGCAGUGAUAUCGAUCGCCGCACUUCUUAUGGUUCCCAUGCCCCUUCCGGGACGCAUCGGGACGACCAGUCGAUCGACGACCGCAGUGACGACGGCUCUCGCGACGAGCAAUCGGACGCAGAAGAUGACGAGCCCACUACUACCAUUGCGAAGACAGAGAUCGCCGCGCCGUCCGAAAUUACUGCCUCAGAGGUUUCCACGGCAACUGCCGGUUCCGAACUAUCUAUGCCUACGGAAUCUGAAGUCGAUCGCGCUGUGGAGGCCGUUAAGGAAGAGAUGGCAAAGGAGGCAAUGUAUGCGCCGCCUAGCGACAGUGGAGUCGGAACAGAUUUGCCAACCGCGGCUCUGGAUAAUCAAGUGGCGCUUCGCAACGAAAGUGGGGCCGAUGCAGAUUAUUUUCGUCGCGCCGCUGAAGAGGAAAGUGUUGUAGGGUGA